AUGGGGUCAAGGUUCCAUCGUGGGAACACUUUCCAGAAGCCUGAGAAUGCCCUCAAGCGUGCAGAGGAGCUCAUAGUCGUUGGACAGAGAGGAGCUGCUCUUCAGACGCUGCACGAUGUUAUCACUUCAAAGCGUCAUCGCACCUGGCACAAAGUGCUGGAGCAGAUCAUGUUCAGAUACAUUGAUCUGUGCGUGGAGCUCAAGAAGGGAAGAUAUGCAAAGGACGGUCUCAUCCACUAUCGAAAUGUCUGCCAGCAAGUCAACAUCAGCUCGUUGGAGGAGGUCAUCAAGUAUUUCAUGAAAACAGCCACAGACAAAGCAGAAGCUGCGCAGUCGAAAGCUGCAGAGACGGUGUUGUCUCUCGAUGUGGAAGAUCUGGAGGUGGACGCCACACCAGAGGACCUGAUGCUCAGCUAUGUGAGCGGGGAGAAGGGCAAGGACCGCACGGACAGGGAGCAGGUGACGCCGUGGUUCAAGUUCCUGUGGGAGACGUACCGCUGCGUGCUGGAUAUCCUCCGCAACAACUCGCGGCUGGAGGCGCUGUACGCGAUGACUGCCACGCGCGCAUUCCAAUUCUGCCUCACCUACAAGCGCACCACCGAGUUCCGCCGCCUCUGCGAUAUCCUGCGCAACCACCUCGCCAACCUCAACAAGUACCGUGACCAGAGGGACAGGCCGGACCUGACCAACCCCGACUCCCUGCAGCUCUACCUGGAAACCCGCUUCGAGCAGCUGCGCGUGGCGUGUGAGCUGGCGCUGUGGCAGGAGGCGUUCAGGAGCGUGGAGGACAUCCAGGGGCUGGCAGCGCUGGGCAAGAAGGCGCCCAAGCCCCAGCUCAUGGCCAUGUACUACGCCAAGCUCACCCGCAUCUUCACCGUCUCAGACUCCCACCUCUACAACGGGUACGCGUGGUACAAGCUGUACAACCUGUCGAAGACAUACAACAAGAAUCUGACGGGCGGGGACGUUCAGACGCUGGCUGCCAACGUGCUGCUGAGCGCGAUGGCCAUCCCGCCCUUUGGCGCGGCCGACCUCGCCCGUUCCGAGGCCGCCGCCGAGCAGGAGAAGGAGCGCUCCAUGCGCAUGGCCAACCUCCUCGGCUUCUCCGUGGAUGCAAAGCGGGACAUGCGGUCGGCACUGUCGCGCAAAGCGCUGCUGUCGGAGCUGCGCGCGAAGAAGAUCGUUGACAUUGUGCCAGAGGAGGUCCGCCAGAUCUACGUCCUUCUGGAGUCCGACUUCUCCCCGCUCGAGCUCUGUGCCCAGGUGGCGCCACUGCUGGAGAAGCUGAGCUCCCUGGACGCCCCAAUGUCUACGGCUAGCCCGGUGCAGGAGGCCAACCUGACCCAUCAUGCAACAGCAUUGAAAUUCGCUGUGGCGGUGCUGCGCGUGCUGCGCCAGCUGUCGGAGGUGUACAGCUGCAUGAACAUCUCCAGCCUGGCCGCCCUCAUCCCCUUCAUGAGCUUUUCCGAAGUGGAGCAGCUCGUUGUGGAGGCCGUCAAGCACGGCUACCUCCAGGUGCGCAUCGACCACAAGGUGGGCACGGUGCACUUUGGCGCGCUGCAGCUGGAGAGCGAGCGGCUGCACGACAACAUCUCCACCCUGGCACGCCGCCUGGCCAAGGCGCUCACCAUAAUCAACCCCGUGCCCACGCCCUCCAUGGCCGAGUUCAAGACCAAGGCGCUGGCGCACGCAUUGGCGAGUGCGCAGAUGGAGAACAGCCGAGCUCGUGCGCGCAAGGUGAUGAUCGAGAAGCGCAAGGAGGACGCCGAGCGCCACGCAGCCGCGCUGGAGCAGCAGGAGGAGCAGGACCGCCUCAUGCAGGAGCGCAUCUCUGCCGCCGCCGAAGAGGAGCGCCGCAAGCAGGAGAGGUUGAAGCGUGAGGAGGCGCGGAUAGCGAAGGAGAUAGAGGAGCGGGAGCAGGAGGAGGCGCGCAAGAUGCUGGAGGCCGCCCAAAAGAAGAUCGGCGCCAAGCGCCUCAACAUCGCCGACGGCGCCACCCUCGACAAGGCCACCCUCAUGAACCAGGUGAUUUCGGAGCAGCAGCGCGCGCGUGACGAGGCGGAGAAGAAGGUGCACGCGCUCAGCAGGCGCAUGGACCAUUUGGAGAGGGCACGCCGCGAGGAGGAGGCCCCCCUGCUCGAGGCCGCCUUCCAGGAGAAGCUGAAGGGCGACGAGGAGCGCUUCCACAAGGACCAGGACGAAUUUAAGGUGGCGCACAGCAAGUCAUGGGAGGUGGACAUUGAGGAGAAGCGCCGCUUCCUCAAGACCCUGCCCGACAAGGAGGCCUUUGAGACCGCCAUCAAGGCCCGCCGCACCUCCGAAUUCGCCCAGCUGCAGGCUGAGCGGGAGGCGCGGCUGGCGGAGAAGAAGCAUGAGCGGAUGGUGCAGCGGCAGCUGCUGAGGCGGCAGGAGUACGUGCGCCGCUGCCGCCAGAUUAUCGAGGAGCGCCGCCGCAAGGAGGAGGAAGAGAUGGAGAGGGAGGAGGCGGAGAGGCGGCUGCGCGAGGAGGCGGAGCGGCAGGCCAAGCUGGCAGAGAUCGAGAAGAAGCAGCGCGAGAAGGAGGCCGAGAUCGAGGAGAAGAAGCGCAAGGAGCGCGAGGCUCUCCUGGCCGCACCCCGGCCCGCCGCCGCCGAGCCCCCGGCCGCCGCCGCCGCGCCCAGCUCUGGCGCAUUUGUGCCGCCCUCCAGGCGCACUGGUGGUGCGCAAUUAGACACCUUUAGAAAAUUGUACAGAAGCAUUUUAUGUGACCUGUGCCUCGGCUACAUAUGUCUCGACUACAUAUGUGAUGGUCGAUUAAUGCGGUAUGUGGGCCGGGCCGGCAUUGCCUCGGGGUGUGUGUGA